ACCUGGACGGGAGCCUGUCAGGGUCAGUCCUCAAUCAGAAGCCUGGCUCAUGGCUAUAUGGGGCCCGGGAGGUCGCCUUGGCCUGCGUGGGUGCCUUGGUGCCCGCAGGCUACUGUGUCUCCGUUUUCAGAGCCGUGGCCCCCAAGGCGUGGAAGACGGGGAGAGGCCACAGCCUUCCUCAAAGACGCCCAAAAUCCCCAAGAUCUACACCAAGACAGGAGACAAAGGGUUUUCUAGCACCUUCACUGGAGAAAGGAGACCCAAAGAUGACCAGGUGUUUGAAGCCGUGGGGACUACAGAUGAAUUAAGUUCAGCCAUCGGGUUUGCUAUGGAAUUAAUUGCAGAAAAGGGCCACCCGUUUGCUGAAGAGCUUCAGAAAAUCCAGUGCUCCCUGCAGGACAUUGGCGCUGCCCUGGCCACACCGCGCUCCUCGGCCAGGGAGGCUCACUUAAAACACACCACGUUCGAGGUGGGGCCCAUCCUGGAGCUGGAGCAGUGGAUCGACAGAUACUCCAGCCAGCUGCCCCCACUCACGGCCUUUAUCCUGCCUUCGGGAGGCAAGAGCAGCUCUGCGCUGCACUUCUGUCGGGCCGUGUGCCGCCGAGCAGAGAGACGCGUGGUGCCUCUUGUCCAGACGGGUGAGACAGAUGUGAACGUGGCCAAGUUCUUAAACAGACUCAGCGACUAUCUCUUCACGUUAGCCAGAUAUGCAGCCAUGAAGGAGGGGAAUCCAGAAAAAAUAUAUAAGAAAAAUGACCCAUCAGAUCCAGCCUGAGAUGCUUGGAAAUCAUGGGGAAAGGAAGCUUUGCAGACCCCUCCAUGCUGACAACAGCGAAGAGUUUGCCCCUCGUGCCCUGAUUCCUGAAGAUCUCACCCACAGGGGCCAGAAGGUGGUCUUUUGUCCAGACGCAGCUUCUCUCAGACCCCUGCACUUCCUUUAGGAGCUGUGGCUGGUGGAGAACCUGGCUCCUUCUCCCCUAGGCUCUCCUGGGUCUUCCAGGAAGUGGGACUGAAUCAGUGUUGCUGGAAAGACAGACAAAGUGAUUGCUUCUUUGAGGACCAUGCAGAAAGAGAGUAAAAGUAGGAAAGGCUUGUGCACGGUGCGUGUGUGUGUAUGUGUCAGAGGGAGAGAGAGGCCUUCCACUGGCAGCUCUGUUGUCCGAGGAUCUGGAAUGGUACCAGAGGCCCUUGGAAACAUAACUAUGAUUUACCUGUGCCAAAGGGGCUUUAAACGUCACAUUUACAAAGGGGAAGACAGACAGGAUUUGGAGUUUAGUCACCUCUGAGUCACUCAUCAUGUGGGGAGGACAGCUGCAGAUUGACAGCGAGGCCUCGAAAGCACUUGGACUAAGAUGAGUGUGUGGCGGGGGUGCAGCCUGGAGAAUCCUCUCUACAGGGGAGGGCUUUCUCCAUCAAGGACAGAGAGCCCGGGGAGCGAAACACCGCCGCUUAAAGGAGGGCACGUCCAGGGUUGGAGUGGAUGGUGUUCAGCCUGAGGCAUUAAGAUCUUCCACUUCCAGUGAGGCCAACGCAGACCAGACUGACUUCCCUGAUUUUGCACUUGGCUGGUUUAUGCCUCUGAGAUCCAGGCCACAGCUAUAUUUUAUUUCACUUGUCACCGCUGCUCCCUCCCGCAAUGAAACGACACUGCCAGUGUCAGCUGUGUCCUUGGAAGGGAGAUAUUUAUGAAGGGCAAGGAGGCAGCUCUGAGAACCUGAAGAUUCCAAGUGGCUAAUUGCAGGAAACGACUUGGGAGGGGCAGGCUCUCGCUCACUGUCAGGGCGGAAAUGCCCUGUGAACUCCUCUGGGCCCUCAUUUAUCUCCUGAGCUCCUGCUUGGCAUGAGGCUCAGGAAGGCUGGUCACUCCGCUGUCCGGCAAGUCAACAUACAUUAAAAUGAUGAGUCUUGUG